AUGAAUUCACAUCACUUUGAAUCCUUCAGUGUUCGUUUUACUGGAAAAAAUUAUUCUUCUUGGGAGUUUCAGUUUCAAUUGUUUGUCACCGGCAAAGAACUAUGGGGCCAUAUAGAUGGAAGCGAUCCUACUCCUACUGAUGCAACAAAGCUAGGUGAAUGGAAGAUUAAAGAUGCUCGAGUGAUGACAUGGAUUCUAGGGUCAAUUGACCCUCUUAUUGUUCUUAAUCUCAGGCCAUACAAGACAACUAAGGCCAUGUGGGAUUACUUACAAAAGGUUUACAACCAAGCUAAUAGCGCAAGACGCUUUCAGUUAGAGUAUGAAAUUGCUAAUUACUCUCAAGGAGGUCUUUCUGUUCAGGAUUAUUUUUCUGAAUUUCAGAAUUUAUGGGCUGAAUUUAUAGAUAUUGUCUAUUCCAAAAUACCCACUGAAUCUCUAUAA